AUAGACAGCGGACAUAACGGACCUGGGGGUUUUCUUUCGGUAGUAGUAUAUAGUUCCAGGCUCCCCUUGAUUGUUCUGUAACAAUAUUUGUAGGUUAGUGAUUCUCAGAGAGACUCUCUGGUGAGAAUGACUAGUGACUUCUGUGUUCCUUUCUGUCAUUAUUUUGAGCCUUGAACUCUUCCAGGGGAAUACAAUUUUCUGUGGUUCAUGGCUCUGUGCCCCGGUGCUCAAAGUUAGCUGAGGGUGGAGAUGGGGGUCAGGAGUAAUGCAGGGAAGAUUAAUUGUUCUGGGCAGCUGUGUUAAAGCUGAACCACACCAGAUGUCCUAUUUUAUUUAGGGUUGGCUUCAAUAACGCAGACUUGAGGCCUUUAUUUUGGAAUGUGCUGGAGAGAAAGUGGUAGGAAAAAGUAGCGUCCCCAAGAAUUGCUCUCCUGCUUCCAUCUCCCUUCCUUGUGAGAACUACUCCAGGCCUGGAGUAGUUCCAAAUCAAAUACUUCUUUUUCUGGCUCCCAGUCUCUGCCUAACAGCCUGAGUCCUCUCUCUUUCUGAUUCCUGAAAAAUCAAAUACAAAAAUGAGAUCCAAAGCAUCCCGGAUUGUUUUAAACAACUGAGAGGCAUCCUGGAUACUGAAGAGCAGAAGGAGCUGCAAAAGGUGGUGAUGGAGAAGGGAGAUAUUCUCUGUGUCCUGGAACAGGCUGAGGAGCUCAUAGAUGUGAGUCAAUAUCAGGAUCACAUUACCCUGUACCCUUCCACGGACAAACGAAAUGUUGCCAUUUCUGCAAAUCGGAGGCAAGUGAGAUAUGAGCACCAUCUCGAUGCAAAUACGAAGGCUUCUGCUGUACUUGGCUCACUGGUUAUCACAUCAGGGGAACAUUACUGGGAGGUGGAUGUGUCAGAGAAACAGAAAAUGACUAAUGCAUCAUAAAACAAGACCUGUAUGGAGGUGACAUCUAUACCAAAUUCUUACAAUUUCAUUUCCUGUGCACUGAGAAGAAAAAGGAAAGCUCUUCAACAACUUAUUUUGUAUGUUAUUCAAGAUUUUGUAUAGGAAAUACUUACUACAAAUGAGUUCUUAGUGAUGUGUCAGUUCAACUAUGAUGUUUCUUCAUCAAGGACUGAAGGAGACAGGGUCAUAAAUAAUAGGUACUAAGUGGAAGGUUUGGGUUCACAGUGUCUGAGUCAAGUCCAGUCUCUCCCAAUUCAUGCAGUGUAACUUUGAAUAAGAUAUUUGAAUGCUGGCUUCAUUUACUAAAAAUUGUCCUGGUAUAAAAAACAUACCAUCAUUCGGAUCAUUAUCAAAGAAAAACGUCAUUAAGUAUAAAACAUGUCUAAACCUAAUAAACAUUUUCUCUACUGAUGACUGAGAAAUAUAAUCUGUGCCAGUGUCUCAUGAAAGAGGUUUGUGCCUUCAGGGGCACAAGGGUGGUUUUUUCUGAAGUCUCAUGUUUCAGGUGCCAGAUACCUCUGUGCUGCUGUCCAGAUUAUUGCAGCUCUGCCUGUGACAGAUAACUGUGUGCAUGUAUGACACUGAGAAUUUUAUUAUAAUUCUGGUUUGCUACAUAUUGGCCUUCAUCAAAUAAUCUCCCUCAAUAAAUUUUAUGGGAUUCAGUUUCUCAUUAGUGAAACUAACAAAAGUUGCCUGGUUUAUUGUGAAAAUUAAACAGCAGAAUAUUUACAGUAACUUCUGUCAUUUUUUUUAGCACAAAAGGAGUAAUCAAGUAUGCUGUCUGUUCACUUUUUGUUCCUGUUUCACUGUGACUGAAAUACAUAAUUUUAAACAUACUAUUAGUUUAUUUUCAACAUUAUUACUCUUGCUUUACAAAAUAAAAUCACUUGAAAGAAUUAUAAUUUUCCUUAAAUUUUAACAAUUGUAAAAUAAAU